AUGUUCGGUCGCAUUGGAGGCCAGGCACUUCGCUGUGCUACUCGUCGCCCGAUUGCGCGCCGCAAUCUCCCUGGUCGCAAGUUCUCCCAUGCUGCGGCGAAUGCAUCCGCUGCUCCGGCGCCGUCACCUCUCGGGGGCAUCACGGUUGAAUUGGAUCGCAUUGCGCCCCGGUUCGAGAUUCAAGCUAGCCAGGUCACAAUAUUGAAUUCCCCGGCCCAGUUCUACUCGACUCUUAAGCACAAAAUCCGCAAUGCCCGGAGGCGCGUUUACCUCUCGACGCUCUACAUCGGCAAGACUGAGUACGAAUUGAUCGAUACCAUAGCAGAUGCUCUGCGCGAAAACCCCGACCUACAAGUCUCUGUUCUCUCCGAUGCGCUACGCGGUACACGAGAAACUCCCCACCCGUCAUGCGCAUCACUACUUUGCUCGUUGGUGGAGGAAUUUGGUCCUGAGCGAGUGGACAUUCGGAUGUAUCACACUCCCAAUUUGACGGGCCUGAAGAAGAAACACAUUCCUCGUCGGAUCAAUGAGGGCUGGGGCUUGCAACACAUGAAGCUGUACGGAAUUGACGACGAGAUCAUCAUUUCCGGGGCAAACCUGUCCGAUGAUUACUUCACCAAUCGUCUAGAUCGAUACCAUGUGUACAGUUCCAAGGCAUUGGCAGAUUACUACGCUCGUAUCCACCACGGCGUCUGCAGUCUAAGCUUCCAGGUCUUGCCAGACCCUAACAACACCUCCGCCUAUCUCCUGGAAUGGCCCAAAACCAAUGGAUCGCCAUCACCCUUGGACAGCCCCGAAGACUUCAUCGGAUACGCGACAACCAUUCUCAAUCCCCUAAUUCAAGCCUCCGACAACAAACCUAUCCUCCCCUCCACCUCUAGCCAAACCUUUGUAUACCCCGUGGCACAAUUCACCCCACUCCUCAAGCCCGACACUUCCACCGAGUUUCCGGCUGUCACCAGCAUCCUCCGCCUCUUGUCCGAAUCAUCUGCAUUCGCCGGAGCCCGUUGGCUCUUCACCGCGGGCUACUUCAACAUUCACCCCGUUCUGUCCUCGCUAUUGAUUGCCAGCACAUCAACCAACCCCAAAGCCCCAUCUAAUACACAAGGCACAGUUCUGACUGCCUCACCGUGGGCUAAUGGAUUCUACGGCUCACCAGGUAUCUCAGGCAUGCUACCAGCAGCCUAUACCCACCUUUCCGCACGGUUCCUCGAUCGUGUUGCCGCCGCUCAAGCGACCAACUCCAUUCAGCUGAGGGAAUGGCGCCGCGGUACUGUCGGAACACCGGAAGGAUGGACUUACCACGCCAAAGGUCUCUGGAUCACGUUGCCGAACGAAGAGUAUCCCAGUCUCACCUUUGUUGGCAGCAGUAACUAUACGAAGCGGAGUUACAGUCUUGAUAUCGAGGUCGGCGCGCUGGUCGUCACAAAUGAUCAGGAACUGAAGCGCAAACUCGGUGAAGAGACGGAAAUUCUCCAGGCGGAUUCCAAGCCCGUCUCGCGUGAGGACUUGAUGCGCACAGAACGCCGCGUAGGCUGGAACGUGCGGUUAGCCAUGUGGAUCGUCGAGAAAGUCGGCGGAGCUCUUUAG